GACUUGUUCUACUACGGCCUACGACGGCCUUCGACUAGUAAUUAAAAAUUAAAUGAAAUCGAAAGCAGUCAGGUUUCUCCGAGAUUUGUUCUUCCUUGUUAUCCUGUGAGCGUGCACGGAAGAUAUUCGGAAAGUCUCGCUGGCGGCUGGCAGAUCGCCGUCCAGGUUGUAAACAGCGUCUCAGACUUGAGGAAUGAGGCCCGGAAUCGUAUUUCGAAGCUUUCUUCGAGCAUUGCGCUCUCCUUCAAGAAUCUAUUGGGAUGGUCUCUCGGCAGUGGUGUGCAUGAGCCGGUGAAUGUGCUCGAGAGGCGACGCUGCGGUGCAUGAGGUAAGCCUCGGAAUUCCGAAAAAAUCGGGACACGGCUCAGAGCUGAUCAGCUGUGCCACUGCGCUCCAAAUGAAACAUGGACGAUAUUCCAUCGGACUUCCUUCAAUCUGAUGGAACGGAUGGUCGCCAGGACGCCACAGGGCUGGGUGAAGACUCCGGAACGGAUUUCGACCUUUCUGAUAUCUUAGCCGACUACUUCAGCGAGCGCAUUCAUCAAAUUGCUGCGAGAGAUUCUGGAGAGGUGAGUCCAACCACCAUCGAAGUUCAGAGUGGGGGCACCCGAGAACCAAGGAUAUCCAGAGUGAAACGGGAAAAAGACAAGCAUAAUCGUGAAGAACCGAAGCAACGUACUCGAAGUGCAUCAGACGGUGAUGACUCCCGAGACCACAGCCGAAGAUCGAGAUCAGUUUCCCUGCUCACCAAGUAUAAUCUCGGUGAAGAAUUGAUAUCUUGAAGAAACUAU